AUAGUCGUCUGACCCAUAUCCACAAAGUCACAUGACCGACAAGUUAACUUCGCAGACGACUGUGAGGUGAUGAUUUUUCAAGGUUUACGGCAGAUUUCUUAAGGGUCAGACAUGAGGCAAUACCUAUUCUGACAGCACAGCGUUACCAUGGCAACGGCACCUCCUCCCAACCCACAGGUGCAGAAACUCAUCAAAGACAUCGAAGAAUGCAUCACUGAGUUGAAGCAACAGUACUUCACAGAGAUCCAGGAGCCAAUCACAGAUGACAACACAACUCUGCACCGCUUCUGUGCCAAGCUAGAAAUCCUGCUACAGACAGACCAGAAAGAGAAGUCGAGUUUCCUGGGUGGGAAGAAGGACUACUGGAACUACUUCUGUGACUGUCUGGCAGGGAACAAAGGGCUGAAUGAUGGCAUCAGAUAUGUCAAGAGUCAGAAUGAGGUCAAGACCAAUCUGGGUCGAGGCCGUGCGUUUCUCCGCUACUCUCUUGUCCACCAGCGAUUGGCUGACAGUGUGCAGCAGUGUGUUCUUAAUGGCAAGAUCACCAGUGAUUGGUAUCAUCCUCGGUCGGUGCUGUUGCAUCAUGGGACAUCCUCUGCCCUCGUCAACCACUUCUAUGACCUGAACGACAUCCAGUUUGACCUUACACCCCACGGACAUGACCUUGACGCAGCAUGGCCAACUUUUGCCAGGAAGAUGUUUGGUUCCCCUGGUCAGUACUGGAGACCCCCUAGCAGGACUCCCAGUAUGAGCAGUCUGGGCAGCUUCUCAUCACAGCCUGCCACCCUGAGUGAGUUAUCCAGCCCCAUGAUGGAACCUCUGCCUGCCACUCCUUCUGAAGAGGAGAAGUAUCAAGAGCUACAGAUGCAACUAGACCAAUCAGAGCUUAAGGAGAGGGAACUGUGGAAAAAGAUCAAAGAUCUGGAAGCGGAAAAUGAAGAAAUUAACAAGCUUGCUCUUGACACGGAGGACAGAUUGUCAAACGUCCGGACAGAUCUACAGAAAAAAAUCUCUGACCUGGAGUCUUCUCUUAAGAAAUCAGAGGACUAUCUUCAAGAGAAGACCAAGAUGUGGAAAGAACAGGAAAAUCAGCUAGAAAAGGCUAAAAAAGAUGCAGAGUCAACUGUCACAGAUUUGCAGAAGAGAGUUGAAGUAUUGAGGACUCAACAGGAGAGCAGAGAGAGGGUCUUCUCAGAGAAGGAACAAGAACUACAGGAGAGAAUAAAGAGCAAAGAUACAGAAAACUCCGAACUGAGAAUCGAACUGAAAUCAGUCCAAAAAGAGUUGGAGACCCAGAAAUCUUUUGACGUACAAAAGGAUGGAAGCUUACAAGGUUUGCAACAGAAAAUAGCAAGUCUAGAGGCAAAGAAUGUGGAAUUGAUAGCAACUAUGGAAGGAAUGGCAAAAGACAAAGACCAAAAGGCAGCCAGCCAUUUCGAGUCCGCCAACAAGGUACACGAAAUGUUGAACAAAUUGACCGAGGCCGAAGAAGCUAACGUCACACUUAAGGCCCAAAAGGAAGAGAUGGAAAAGAAGUGUGCCGGUCUUGAGAGUCAACUGGAAGAAAGGAAGACGAAAACUGAGAAAGUGGUCGCUCAUGUGAAGGAAAUGAGGCGCAGCCUUGAACAGCAGGUCGACAGUCUAGAAAAGAAGUGUGAAAAUCUACAGAAAAUCAUUGAAGAAAAGUCUAACAGCGAGAAGGAACUACAAGGCAGAUUAGCCCUUCUACAAGCAGUUACAGAAAACCAGGAGAAGAAAACGGAAGAAAUCUCCAGGAAAGCAGACCUGUACAAGACAAUGGUGAGCCUCAAGGAUGAAGAAAGUGCAAGGAAACUUGAGAUGGCUGCUAGGAAUUACGAGCAAAAGUUUGAGUCUGUGCAAAGAUCCUUCACAACUUACAGCAGCAAGGCUGAGUCUGUAGAAGGACUAUUCUCCAAGAGGCUAGCUGCAAUGGAGGUGGCAAAUGCAGAACUACGUCUGAAGGCACAGACAUCAGAAAUGAGUAGUGGGGAAAGCAAAGAAAAAGCGGACAGCCUAGAAAGAGAAAGAACUGAGUAUGAAGAAAGGAUACAACAUUUAGAUUCAGCAAGGAAGGAGUUAGAAGAUAGACUACUGCAAGUGGAAACAUCUCUUUCAGAAAUUACAGGGAAAUCACAAACCCUGCAAAAGGAAAAGCAGGAGUUGGACAAAACAGUUGAUAAAUUACAGGUCCAGAUAUCAGAAUUAGAAGUAGAAAAAGACACACUACAGGAAGAGAAAACUCAGAGAGACAAAGAAACAAUGGAACUAAAAACGAAGGUAGGAGACUUAGAGUCAGAGGUAGAGGGUGGUAAAGAGAAAGUCUCUCUUAUGGAGAGAAUGCUGGACGAGUUGAACAUGCAGAACGAUGAAAUGCGAUCAAACAUGAGUGGAAAUGAACAGAAGCUGUCGCAGCGAAUCAAAGAUCUAAGUGAGCAGAUCUCAAAAGCAGAGAGUGAACACUCAAGUGUAAAACUGGAUCUAGAACGGAGGCUAAAAACAUCAGAAGACAACUCUGUAGGAAAGAAAAAUAGAUGCAAAGAGCUGGAAGACAAAGUUUCCAGCUUAGAAGGACACUGCAAAGCUUUGAUAGAGGAGAAAGAGGGAGUUGGGGAGGAGUUAUCGAACAAUAUAGCGAGAGUACAGGACUUGGAGAAGGAGAUCGCCGAAUGGCGGAUAAAACUGGAAACUGCGGAGAUCAAGAAACUUGAGAUGACAAACUCCAUGGAGGAGUUGAAGAGGAAGGUUGAGGAAGAAAAGAAGGAGAGAAUGCUCGUGGAGAUGAAACUAGGGACAGAGGAGGCUCAGGGUUCGGAGCUUAAGAACCAGGUGAAGUCUUUAGAGAUGAGAUGGAAGGAGGAGCAAGAAGGUGCAAGAGCAGUGAUGCUGGAGCUAGCAGGCCUCAAGACGUCUGUAAGCAGGCUAGAGAACAAGGAAGACGAGCUUCAGAGACGCCUGGAAGAGGCUAAGAGGGACCUGCGAGAUAAAGACACAGACGUAACAAAACUGAAGAAGAAGAUUGAAGAUGGACAGAGUACAGCAAAAGAGGAGAAAGCACGGCUACAGGAAAGAAUUGCAACACUGGAAGGCGAGAAGGGAAAACUUGUUGGAGAGAUUGGUAGCCUAAAACAGCAGCUAACAGGGAAGGCUAGCAAUGUAGAACAGCUGCAGGAUAAACUGAAAAACUUGGAGGCUACAGUAGGGAAACUGGGGAGCAGUGAAUUGGGACUGAGGUCUACCUUGGGGGAAAAGGAGAACCUAAUAGAAAAGAAGGAGUCCAAAAUCAAAGAGUUGACAGGAAAGCUUGGAGAGAUGGAAGGUAAAAAGGGAGCGCUAGAGAAGGAAAUAGCUGAGCUUACUACUACUUUAAAAGCAAGGGAUGAGGACAUAAAAGAACUAAAUAGCCAUCAUCUAACUCUACAAGAGGAGGCAAAUGCUGCUCAAGCUAAACUUGAGAAGGACAUGGGAAACUUGGAGGAGAAAUUAAAAAGGACUGAGGAGGAAGCUGCGAAUGUGACCAAAGAAAAAGGAACCAUAGAAGGGGAACUCCAGCAAGUACGACAAGACUUAGAAAGAGAGGAGCAACAAAGAAGACAGCUGGAGACAACGGUGGAAGACAUGAGACGACUUCAAGAAGAGAACGUGACACAGACACAGGUGUUUGAAGAGAGGAAGAAGAAGAUGCUCCAAGAACAUGAAGAAAAGAUGUUUUCUAUGCGAGAAGAAAUGACCCACCUCCAAUCACAGUAUGAAUCCACCAAAGAGGAGAAGACAGACUUGAACAAGGACUAUGAACAAGUUUCAGACGAACUAGAGGCAACGAAAGAAGAACUGAUGAAGGUGGAUCAGGAGAAAACAGAUCUGAAGAGGAGAGUUGAGAGGGCUGAGAGUGAGCUGGCUGAAGUGAAGGUUAUGGUGGACGAAGCAGUCACAGAAAGAAAUGAACUGCAGGGCAGGCUUUUUCAGACUAGCUCGGAAUGUCUGGAAAAGCUGGAAGCUGCAGCCACAGAGAAGAAAGACCUGGACAAUCAUUUAGCCUCAGUUACAGAAGAGAAGGAGAGUCUGGAAAGGAGAGCGUCCAGCUUGCAAGAAAACCUUGAGGAGGCAACGAGUCUGAAACAGAAGUUGGAAGCAGAACUAGAAAGGACAAAAGAUGAGCUGCGAACGUCCCAGUCCACCCUGGAACAGGAGGUUUCCUCGCUCAAGUUCCAGAUCAGUUAUGACACAAUGCAACAUCAGGGGGUGCUCAAGGAGUUUGAGGAGAAGCAGGAGGAGCUGAAGUCUCUCCAGGAGAAGUCAGCACUGCAGGAACAUGUCAUCAGCGAUCUUGAACAACAGAUCCUCGGGGACAAGGAGGAUCAUGGGAUAGCCUUACAGAACGUUACUGUAGAGGUUGAUGAGCUGAAGUCCAGUCUGCAGAGUCAAGACAAGGAGUGCAGCAGCCUCAGUAGUGACUUACAGAGGACCAAGAAGAUGCUGGAUGAAGAGAGGAACCAAACUCUUAAGAUUAAAGCUGAGCUAAGCGAUGCGCGGAGAGAGUGUGAGGAAAAGGAACGUGAGCUACAGGAGAUGAGAACAGACACCAUGGAGCUCAAAACUGAACUCAUCAAACUCAUCAGAGAGAAGGACCAACUUUGGCAGAAAACAGACCAGCUGGAGUAUCUGCAGAAGCUGCGUACUGGGGAGAGGUGGAUGGAGGAUAAGGAGGUGAAGAAGUGUAUGAAGUGUGAGACAGAUUUCUCCAUCAUUGUCAGGAAGCACCACUGCAGACUGUGUGGUCGUAUCUUCUGCCAUCCCUGCUCCAACCACUGGAUCAUGACCUCACACAGCAGCUCUGUAUUUUUGCCAUCUACUAAGAAGUCGCGCUGCUGUGAGGAGUGUUUCCAUCUUCACAGCCAGCUUGACAGCAGGUCCACAGACAUGGCUGGUGGAGACACUGGCAAUACUGAGGACAACAACAGGGUCCUCAGUGAUGAUGAGGAUACUGUGGACCAUGAUGAGCGAGAUGCUAACUUUGACUUUGUGAGUGAGGAAGAGAUUGCAGCCUCUGCAGGGUCUGAUGCAGGGCAGUCCUACCUGGGCAGCAGUGAGUCCAGCCUGACCACCAGUUUGACCAUGUCAGUAGAGGAGAUCCAGGGUAGGACAGAUGGGAGCUGUGAAAUGUCAGUCAAGGCAGGGAGGAGCUUCGCUCUGCCCAUACUAGUGGAGGCACCAGGCAUUGUUCUGUGCUGGGAGUUUCAGACUGAGCCAAAGAACAUAGGCUUCAGUGUGACCUACAAGGAGAGUGAGGCCCAUGAAGACAGCCAGGUGCUGAUCCCCAUGUGUAAGUGUAACUCCCACAGGCAGGCUGUACAGGGGGAGCUCAUCGCCAAGAGAGCCGGGGUCUACACUCUGAUGUUUGACAACUCCUACUCCAGGUUCACAUCCAAGAAGCUAACAUACAAGCUGCAAGUGAAGAGACCAGUGACAGAGGCCAGCAGCUAAUUGUUUCAAUGGCAACAGCCAAUCAUUGACCUUCACAAGUUGUCAAUCAGGCAUGCCAGCAGGGUGUUGCUUAGCGACAGCCAUUCAGCAACCAUGAUGAGGAGACCAAUGAUAUGGUCUAAUCAGACUGUUAAAAGUAGUAUAUCUUAUGUGUAAUUAGAAGUAGAUAGUAAAUAUCUAGAACGUAGUAUUUUAUGCCAAGAAACGGUUUUACCCUAAGUUUGUAUAAAAUGCUUGCAAAUAUUUAACAAGCACAAUGUAAGUAUUGUGCUAUAAGCUUGAUAUUGAAUAACCAUAUGAUGUUGAACGGAAAAUGUGUGCUUGAAAUCUUGACAGUGAAAUUAAAGUAUAGUACAUGCAUGUAGUUAGUGUUUUUAGUCAUUGUCAAAACUGUUGCACAGAAAUGAUAUACUUUGUGAUGUUCCAAAGAAUAUUCUCAGUGUGAAUUGUGCUAAAGAGAAGAAUGUAUUUUCAGGAUUCGAGUCAAGGGAUACCGGUAAUGCAAGCAAAAUGCAAUUAUGCAAUAAAGGAAUACUAUUUUGUUAAAGAUUUUGUAAUUUAGGUUUAGAUGGUUUAAAAGAUAAAAAGCUUCACCAGCAAUGGCUAUCACUAAAAGACAUUGUAAUAUAGCAAAAUUUGCCUUGGAACAACCAUACAAUAUUGACUCAUACCAUGGCCUCUACUUUUUGCUUUUAAGUGCAUGCAUCCUUAAUAAAUUAUUGAAUAGGUAGGCAACAUUGCCUUUUCUCUUCCUGAUAAUCUUUUAGAAACAUCCAGUACUGUAUAUAGGGACCAAAAAGCCUUGCCAUUUAUAUACAACUGAAAUAAAUGCAUUUUUUUGCCUACAUUGAGAGUACAAAAAAUGUAGGUUUCAUAGACCUGCAUGAUGUAGGUAUUGCUGUCUGAAUUGUUUGUAGUAUUAGGUUUAUCAUUGUCAUUAUAGAUACUGCCCAGUUUAUACAACAAUACAUGUAUUCACUGCGACAGUUAAUGAGUUAAGAAUGUACAUACACCACUAUAACAAGUGAUAGCGCCAAGACGUGGUCUUUUCUUGGUAUUUCUGAAAAAAGAUGCAUGUAAGUAUUUGAAAUUUGUAGCUUUAGCUUUAGGAGAAGUUGGAGGACAAUGAUGCAAAGACUGAUAUGUGGCAAGAAUGAGUGACUGAGUGAGUGAGAACUUUAGGGUAUAGGGUGUUUACAGAUAAUGAAUUGUUGCACAGGAGUAUAUUACCAUGGCAAAUUAUCUCCCUUGUACAGAUAUAAUAGAAUGAUUAUACAAUGAAUUCUUGUGCAGAUGCAAUAAGUCAAUGAUUGCUUUUUGACAAAAAUGACAACAAACAGAAAACAUGUGACAGGCAAUAUGGGGUCAACAUGCUGUUUAGUUAUUACAGAAAUGUGGGAAUUUUAAACUUCAUAUAAUUUUCCUUUCUUGGUUAAGAGUGCCAAGUAAAAUAUGAAUGAGUACA